GGCUCUUUAGCGGGUUUUGAAAGAACCGAAGGCAGAAGAAGAAUAAAAACAAAAAAAACUUGCUUGUAAACCGAAUAAAAGUAUUUGUCUAAUCAUUAUGGAGACGGAACUUACUUCCUUUUCUUUGAGAGAAGAUACAAAGAAAUACCUAGCAGAGCACAAAAUACCUCAGCUCUUUGAGUCACUUCUGAGCUCUUUAAUGAUGGAACGCCCUGAGAAUCCAGUAGAAUACAUAGAGAAUAAGAUGUGCCAAAUUCGUGAUAUUGGGCCAGAGAAUAUCAACUGGGAGACCUUGAUAUCACACCUUCAUCCAUACAGAGAUAACAUACGCCGUCAACUCAUCAGAGAUGGGAGCAUCUUUGACAAGGAGUACUCUGAGAUACUUGGCGAGAUGGAGGACUUUGAACAGAGAAAGAAGGAUUGCUUUGAAUUUAUUGCUCAAGAAAGAUACAAACCAGAAUUAUUUUCACUUACUGAGGCCAAUUCUUGGCGGUGGUUGUGGACAGGAGAAGCAUUUCUUGCUCUUCAAAGGCAAAGUGUUUAAGAACUGAGAUUAUUUGUUUCCUUUCAUUUUUUCAGGUAAUAAUUCUAAUUUUAUAUUUACUUCUAAAAACAAUUUCUAAGUUUUGCUAUGUUUAGAACAUUU